AUGGCUGUAUCUAUUUUCACACGUCCACCUUUUCGACGUUUCAUCGGUAUUGUUAGUAAUGUUACCACUUUAUUUCUGGGUACCUCACAACAUUCGAAUAUUAAAUCACAAGCAUACACAACAAACGUUAGUGAAAUCAACAAUAUAUUAAGAUCUGAAAAGACAAAACCAAGCAAGAAAUUGAGCAAAGCUAUGACGGCAUACUUGCAACGAAUAAAAGAGCACGAUGAAUUUAUGAAGAAAGAGAUCACAGAAUAUCAAAUAGGCAAAAGGCAUUUGGCUAAUAUGAUGGGUGAAGAUCCAGAGUUCUUUACACAAGAAGAUAUAAAUAGCGCAAUUGAAUAUCUUUUUCCAUCUGGGCUACAUGAUCCUAAAGCACGGCCAAUGAUGCGACAUCCAAAUGAAAUAUUUCCUAACAAAAAAGCAGCAGAAUUUGAUGAAACUGGGAGACCUUAUCAUUCUAUGUUUUAUACGUAUAAACCAAAUUAUUACCAGAUACUUUAUCAUAUUACGGAAACAAUCCAAUCUUUGAAUAGCAUUGAAGAUUCAUUAAUAAGACAAGGAACAUUACCUGUGGAUAAGAUCGAUUUAAUUAGUUCUGCCUGGUUAAAAAAAAUGGAUAUGGAAAAAUUAAUAUCUGAAACUCUUAGUGACAUGGAUUAUAACUACCUUAUUACAUCAUUAGAUCGACUAAGUAAUCAUCCAUUAUCAAAACGUGCGCAGGACUUUAUUAUGAAAUAUCGUAAAUCACUGAUUAGUCACACAGAUAUAGUAAUACCACCACUGGAGUAUGACAGCACAGGAAGACCAUAUAUCACUGUUAAAAACUGCAUGAGAAAAUCUUCAAGAGGUGAAGUAACACUUUGGGGUAAUGGCUCUGGAAAAAUGAUCAUCAAUGGACAAGAUAUCACAUAUUUCAAAGAGAUGCAUUAUCGCGAGCAGGAUAAACUUAUGCGAGCGCAAUUUUUCAAAAAUACAUGUUUUCUUGGUGAUAUACCGCAUAAUAUGCCACUUGAGAAGAUAAACAAGCAAGCCUGUUGUAGCCUAAAAGAGAUUUUCAAAGCUGAAAGCAGAUCUUGGAAAUUUCUGACUCAUUUAUUUGGUUUGCAGAAUUAUGGCAAAGCGAACCUGCAGUGCAUAUCGGUGACUGUUUGCCACACGUUGCCACACUUUAGAAAAAUAUAA